AUGGAGUUCGGAUUGCCAAUCGCGCCCCAGACCACCGACGAAGCCGUAAUCGUCCGAAAGCGGAGGCGGCCUGCCUUGGCCUGCGAGCAGUGUCGGCGACGGAAGGUCAAGUGCGACCGGGCGAACCCUUGCGGACCAUGCCAGCGCUCGAGCUUGGAGGUCUGCACCUACCGGCCGGAGCGGGCGAGGACGGUCGAGAAGAUCAACAACGGAGGGCCACCGCCGCACGGGAGCCGGGAUUUGGAUCGGGAGACGUCAAUUUCGGACUGGCAGCGACAGCUCACCGCCGACGUGCCACGGCCGACGGCUUCCAUGCUUCUUCCCGCCAGUUCCGGCAUUCCGCAGCUUCCCGACGGUCUGAGGCCCCGCUCCUCGGCCAUCUCCGAUGCCAGCUCGGCCGACUUGCGGAUGCCUCCACAGGGGCGAGUCAGGCUUGGCGGGACAGGUGCCAGUACGACGGACUCGGACCGGCGCUCAACGCCCGUAUGCGGCUCUUUCCUAAAGUCUCGCUUUUAUGGCCCAAGCCAUUGGCUCAACUCCUCAGAAGCGUUUCAAUACGUCUUAGACGUCCACAGGGAGGCCGAGACAGACGAUCGUUCUGAGCUGCACUCUCUGCUGAAGGAGUGUAAACGUCUCUGCCGCAUCUGCAAGGCCCAGCCUCAUCUGCGAGAUCCGGGAUUCGGUUCGGCGUCCCUGGCAAGCAAUGUGCCGCAGCAGCCGCUUUGUGACGAGCUCGUGCGCCUGUAUCUGAGAACUUUUGAGACGGUGUACAGAAUCCUGCAUGUUCCCACAUUCCGCCUUCAGUACGCGACAUUCCAGUCAGACCCCAGCGCAACAAGCCCGAUCUUUGUUGCUCAGCUUCUCCUCGUUUGCGCCCUCGGUAGCUGUCUCUACGGCGGGUCGGAUAUCCCUCGGUACAGUCUCCGCGCAUCCGCCCUGCAGUGGAUUGCGGCCACCCAGGCCUGGAUAGGAUCUCCAAGCGAGAAGUCGCGGCUGAACCUCAGUGGCCUGCAGACACAGUGCCUCCUUCUGGUCACCAAGCUGGCCUUUCCCGGCGGCCCCGAGUUAACGUGGAUAUCGGCCGGUUCGCUAGUGCGGACCGCUGUCAUGCUCGGCCUCCACCAUGACCCGUCCAAACUCCCGGGCAUCAGCAGCUUUGAAGGCGAGAUGCGAAGGCGGCUCUGGGCCACUAUUCUAGACCUGCAAGUUCAAUCAAGCAUUGAAUCCGGCGGGCCACCGAUGAUAUCUGAGACGGACUACGACUGCGGGCCGCCAUCCAACAUUGACGACGCACAACUAGACCCAGGCGUGAGCGGUGUUGCAGCGAUGGCGAAGCCCCUGACGAACUUCACCGGCACGUCGAUCCAAUGCGCCCUCGUACGGACGUUGCCGGCUCGGCUCGAGGUGGCCAAGUAUCUCAAUGACUUUGGCUCCGAGCAGACAUACGACGAGACGUUACGGCUUGGCAACAAGCUCAGGGUGGUCCUGGAAGAGAACAUGCGGCUCUUCCGGUCGUAUAGCGGCCAGCAGCAGCAACCAACGGCUUUCCAGGUCAAGCUCUUCGAAUUGCUAACCUAUCGCUUUCUACUCGUGCUCCAUUUCCCUUUCGCCAUCAAAGCCAGGAAGAACCCCAGGUACUAUUUCUCCCACAAGGUCUGCCUGGAUCUGUCCCUCUCGCUGCUUCGUUGCCACCCUGCCGCCCCAAACUCGCUCGCGACGAGCUUUCAGGCCGUCGAGGAGGACUAUGCUCGGCUGCAGGUCCUCGGCAGCGGCAUAUUCCGCAACUCACCUCUCCGAGCCGUCAUCUUUGUGUGCAUCGAGUUGCUCGUUCAGCUGGAGGACGAGCUGGGCCAGAUUGGUUCGACCUUCAACUCUCUCGGGCGGCAGGAGCUGUACAAGAUCGUGGCCGAGUAUGUGCAGCUGCUUGCAAAGCGGAUCGAGGCUGGUGAGACCACGGUGCGCGGCCACGUCUUCUUCAGCGGCUUGCUUGCCCAUAUCGACGCGCUGCAGGCUUCUAGCCCUUCCAAGGAUGACAUACGUGCGGCGAUGAAAAGGAGUCUCGAGCACGGCCAGAACAUACUGAAGGUUAUGGCACAAGCCCAUUCUGCCUCUUCAGGCGGUGCCAUCGGUCCUGGCGCAGUUCUGGAGGACGCUGGCCAGACAUUGCCCGGGAGUGCAACGACCGCAAGCAGCGCCGACUCUGGUCUCUUCGACAACAGUCUUUGGUUCGACCUUGUAGGUGACGUCCAUUCUCCCGUUCGUAACCCACUUUUGGGCUUACCUUGGCUUGUUGCCCUACCUGCGUCUUGA